GUUCUUUCGAUAUUUAUUUUACAUAUCCAGCUUGUUUAUACCCCUGUCUUUGGUCACCAGUGAAGCUUAUUGCCACCUGAAGGAACACCAGCUCAUUUUUCAACUCGGCAUUUUACAGCCUUCUGAACCCAACGUCGCGUUCAGCAACACCAGAUCUCAACAUCUUGUUUCGUGUAUUAUUUUGCUGUUUUUUUUGUACUUGCUUAUUCUUUCCUUUAGUAUUCAGACUACUGCUUUGCUCUACUCUAACUCACAGCUAAUGUGGACAUAUCUUUCCUUAUGGUAAAGAUAACAGUGUGGAGCUGGAGGAAUACAGCAGGCCAGGCAACAUCAGAGGAGCAGGAAAGCUGACGUUUUGGGUCGGGACCUUCCUUCUGUUAUACCCUUUAGCUUUUCUACCGUGAAAUUUUAUACAAUUUGCUCUCUCGCAUGCCAUCCCAUAACAUUCCUUCCCUUUUGUUCUGUCUCCCCCACGUCCUUGCUCUUUAUAUGCUCCAUGUUAAAUAUCCAUCUUCCCUUAGUUCUGAUAAAUAAUCAUCCCCCGAAACAUUCAUUCUCCACAAACUCUGCCUAAGGUUUCCAACUGGUCAGAUUUCAGCCUAUCAACUACAAUACUACACCCCUCGACCUCUGACCUACAAAACCAGCCAAUCAGAGUGACCAGUGCCGGGGAACGCGGCCCGGGUUAGGACUAAUGAAAUGGCUCGAUGCUGAGAGUUCGGUUAGAAACGGUUCAAGAUGGCGCUAGUCGGGGAGAGUGAGAACCGGGAGAGUUUAACGGAAGAAAUCCCGGAAUAUGACCGGCGUAAAGAGAAGAUGGUGGAGAUCCUGCAGCGGAGAGACCAGGAGAGGCAGCAGGGGGUGGAGAGGAGGAAAAUGGCCAAAGAUGUGACCACGGUGAAGGAAGAAAAGUCCAACUUCUUCACCACGGCGUUUUCGGAGGAGAAGGCAGCGAUCGAGGCGCUGCUGGAAAGCUGCGAAGGCACCGACCGAAACGCGUUGAGCGCCCGCUUCGAGGAGAUCUCGCAGAAGAUGCAGCGGCUGCAGAAGUUUGUCAACGACAGCAUGAUAUUCUUGUCCGCCUACGAGCUGCGCCAGGCCCAGGACGCGGUGCAGAAGUUGCAGGGGGUUGUGGUGGAGAAGAGGGAGGAGUUUCUGCCCAAGAAGAAAUUCGCUUUCAAGUCCCGCAAAAAAGAAGGCGCCGGCCCCAAACAAACCAAAUCCACCGAUUCCCCGUCCGACAAGAAACCGACCGACCCCGUCGCGACCGAGGAAAACCUCUGCGGCUUUUCGGAUGCCGACUCCCAGGUGCUGGUCCGGCGGGCAGACGAGAUCACCGGCAAGGAUGUGUUGUUGACCCGGUUGUCCAACUGCGUGGUCCAGCUCUUGGGUUCGCCCAACACUCUCCAUGUCAAGAAUGUCACUAAUUCGAAAGUGUUGUGCGGACCUGUCUCUACCUCAGUGUUCAUUGACCAGUCCGUCGGCUGCACCUUUGCCUUCGCUUGUCAGCAGCUGCGAACCCAUAAUACCAAGGAUGCCAAUGUAUAUUUGCAUGUGACCAGCAGAGCCAUCGUCGAGGACUGCACUGGAGUUUCGUUUGCUCCGUUUAACUGGAAGUACGAAGGCAUUGAGAAGGAUUUUGAGCUGGCGGGUUUAGAUAGAACAAAAAACAAUUGGAAUGUUAUAGACGAUUUCAACUGGCUCGCCCCUGAUCAUUCCCCUAACUGGAGUAUUUUGGCUGAAGAGUCUCGAAUAACAGACUGGGACAAAAUCUUAGCACCGUAGAUAUGUAUCAUGUGUACCAGAGAUCUUUACUGAGCAAUCGCAGGAUGUCAUGACUUAAUUGCACCCGUUCCUGUACUUGAGUUCAAGGAAAAUAAACGUUGUCGACAGGAAAAGUUAUUUAAUGUUGGCCCUAUUUAUAGGACAGAAUUAGUAUAUGUUAACCGAAGUUUGCAUGAUCUACUGUAAAGGAUCUUGUCAACAUUUUGUUCUUGUCUUGUUUUUCUUAGAUGUUAGUUAUACUGUUGGAAUAUAGUUCAUAAAGGAGAAUUGAAACUAAUUUCAGAAUGCAUAACAGUAAUGGAUGAAAUUAAAUAAGUCUUCUGUUAUUUGGCGUUUUUGAUCUUUAACCAGCUUACUUUUGAUUUUUCUGUAGGGUCAGUAUUUAUGCAAAUCUACAAAGAUGAAAUUGAAUUGCAUUAGGUCUCUAUGCCUGGUUUUCAAAUUUGCAAUGCAUGAACAACAUGGAAGGUCAAUUAUCUGCCUAAAAUAUUGUAAAAUAUUUAUGAUGUAAAUCUGUUUCUGCUAAUAACCAAAAACUGGCUAGAAGCUGCCAUAUGCAAACUCUGCCUGUGACCGUCUUUGCAGUUCUACAACAUUCCAAUCCAUUUAUAUGGAAACAAAACGGUUGAAGACUCAAAGGUAUGAAGUUUCAAUAUGAAACUGAUUGAUAUUGAGCCACAGGAGGGACAGUGAUUGGACUACUAACAGCCUUUGUCCAGAACCAAUCCAAUUACGUUAACUCAGGCCUUAUCUCCAGAGCUGCAGGCAGCAUUGUAGUGGCUUGAAAUUCAUCUUUACUUGUUUUUCACUUAUUGUUAAAUCAAUUAAAAUGAAACCCAAUAUCACUCAAAAUAACCAGGUUUAGUAUUGGCUUCCAGUUUACCAGGUCUGAUUCAUUUUAUGUCUUUCUGGAUGUGAGUCAGUUUUGAGAGUUUCUACCUACUACCGUGAAAUUGUGGUUGGGCAGGGGUGAAGAGGAAUGGAGAAUGUUCAUUUUCCCCUAAAAGAUUCCUCCAAGGACCAUACUAUCAAUAUAAAACCUAAAUUAUGAAAACACAUACAGUGCUUGAGUAUUUUAUAUACUUCAUUCUUGUCCCAUUUUUACCAAUCUAUAUUUCAUCUUUCAUUUUCUUGUCUGCUUUACUGGCCUGUUCCACUUUGGAAGAGCUAUUCCAAACUCUUAAAUGUAGUUUCUUUAAGCCAGUCAAAUGGCAAACCUCUACCUGAUGUACCUGACAAUCUUUGUUUCCCUGUAUCAACCCAGAGGAAAUGAAUUUACUUGUUAGUGCCUCAGAAUCAAAAAAAAAGUAAAGUCCUAUUAAGUUCAGGGUUAAAAUAGCAUUUUUCAUAUUCAAGAGUAAUCCACAACGUUAAUAAAGAAAUUUUCAACAUCGGCUAAUACUUUAAGUUGGAAACAAUACUUUUUGAUGGUGUCUUGAACUAAUUUUACUGUGUCUUUGGUUCAGAACAUAGAUCUAAACCAAUGUAUUCUGCAAUGUAGUGACGAUCUUUAAUAGUUGAUGUAAUUAAAAAUAUUUAAAACCUGA